GCGAGGUGAAGCCGCGCCCACUGUCUCGACAGGUGCUGCCACGGAGUGCCAACCAUUUCUUGGUCAGACAUGGCCCUUCUGACAGCUUUGUCGCCGGAAUGGGUUAUGCUGGCAGUGACGACCAGUGUUCUCUUGUACCUAUACGCCUCACGGAAUCGCAACUACUGGAAAAACCAGAAUGUUCCCUCAGAACCAUUCGCACUCAUAUUCGGUGCCACAUUAAAGCUUUUCUCCAACCCACUACACGAGAUUGAUCUAGCGAGGUAUAAAAAGUACGGGAAGCUUUUCGGUGCCUUCGAGAUGGGCAAGGCCGUGCUCUUUGUAGCAGAGCCCAAGAUGGUGAAGCACGUCUUAGUGGACGACUUCGCAUCUGUGCCUGACCGAAGGACGUUCCAGAUGAAUGAGCCACUUUUGGAUAACAUGAUGAGCAUGGCUUCAGUGGAAGUGUGGCGAAAGGUUCGCUUGGGUGCGGUCCCGGCGUUCUCUGCUGCAGUGCUACGAAAAAUGAACUCCUUGAUUGAGGAUUGCGUUUUGGUGACAACAGAACACCUGAAGAGAGCAGCGUCUAAAGAAGAGGAUGUUGAUGUUAAACAGCUCUUCUGGGACUACGCAUUGGACCUGAUCGCGAGGUGCGCCUUCACCACGAAGCUGGACUCUCAUUCGGAGCCGACAAACGAGUUCGUCAUCCGAUCAAGACAGGUCCUUUCUCAGCGCUUCACGCCACGCUUAUUUCUGAUCCUUGUGUGUCCAGCCAUCGCAAGAAUGCUUCGGAUUGGACCGUUAAGGCCAGACGUAAUCGGUUUCUUCAGACAUCUGGGUCAGAGCAUAAUAAAGGGCAACAAAGACUCCCCUAACUGUGAGAAAGCUUUCGCAUUCUCUUUCAGCUUUAUUUGA